AUGCGAGACUGCGAGGCGGCUCCCGGGAGAAUGGGAUCGAGCAGCGGGCAGCGCAGCGGCAGCACGUGGAGCGAUUUGCUAGUGCGCGUGCGUGCGAGGGCGGGCUCAGCCGAGGAGGAAAUGAGUUCAGUUCCACCUCCUCUUCCUCCCACUCCCCAGCAAACCAGGCUGACGCAUUACGUCGCAGCGGGAAGCCAAGCGCAUGCGCUCACGGCGGGGGAGGUGUGUGGGUGUGGGUGUCCCAGCUCCGGGUUGCCAGCAGCAACGCCCUGCACAAGAACCGCAGGACGGCUGCUGGAGUAUAGUAGUGCGAGAGUGCGAAGGGGCAGCCUUCGCUUUUUUGUCCUCCUGUCUCGUCUUGCCCCAAUUUCCCUGGGCAAGUCCCAGCCCGCCUGGCAGAUCCAGAGAUGGAGUAUCCUGAACCAUGCCACCCUGAAGAAAAGGAAUUAUAUCGGCCAACACCUCCUAACCCGGGCGUCCGAGGACUAUUUGAUUGAUCCAUCAUUGAAACAGAAAUUUCAAAAGAGAACAAACAGUUUCCAGGGACACUCUUCUCGCCUUGAUAUACAGCUGAAAAAGGUCGAAAAAGAAAAAAUGAUUAAACAACAAAAAAAGGAAACUGGACAGAUUACAGAAGGCGUUAAUUGCCUUGAAAGAUAUCCAUCAAUAGCUACCCUAUCAUCUUCGGAUUCAGUACUUACACCUGCAUUUGACAUUUCAAAGUUACCUGAAAGAGUAAUAGUACAGAUUUUCCACCUUCUAAGUGUCAUCGAUUGGGCAAACUGUGCUCAAGUCAACAGUACCUGGAGAUCCAUGACAUAUCUGAGAUCAUUGUGGAGUGAUAUCAAUUUUUCCUUAGUGUAUCAAAUAGUCAAUGACAGAUUUAUAGGAUGCAUAUUACAAAGAUGGCGACCUAAUGUGUUACGUCUGAAUUUCCAUGGAUGUUCUUCCCUUCAGUGGCCUUCCUUUAAAUUGAUCAAUCAGUGUAAAAAUUUACAAGAACUAAAUGUUUCUGAAUGUGAAGGACUAAAUGAUGAAGCAAUGAGAUAUGUUUUAGAAGGCUGCCCAUCUCUUAUUCAUUUGAAUAUAGCUCAUACAGAUAUUAGUAAUGGAACACUAAAACUACUUUCCAGAUGUUUCCCCAACUUACAGAAACUUAGUUUGGCUUAUUGCAGAAACUUCACAGAGAAAGGUUUACUGUACCUGAAUUUAGGCAAAGGAUGCCACAAGAUCACCAGUUUGGACCUUUCAGGUUGUACUCAGAUUUCAGUUCAAGGCUUCAGGGAUAUUGCAAGCAGCUGCACUGGAAUAAAGCACUUGGUCAUCAAUGAUAUGCCAACUCUGACGGAUAAUUGUAUAAAAGCUUUGGUUGAAAGAUGCAAAAGCAUUACAUCUGUAAUAUUCAUUGGUUCACCACAUCUCUCUGACACUGCUUUUAAAUAUCUUACUGACUGCUCACUUAACAAGGUUCGAGUUGAAGGGAAUAAUCGGAUCACAGACUUAACUUUCAAACUUAUGGAUAAACAUUACGGAGAUCUCAGCCAUAUUUACAUGACUGAUUGUGAACGUAUUACUGAUGUCAGCCUUAAGUCGAUUGCUAAUUUGAAGAAUCUCGUUGUACUGAAUUUAGCCAAUUGUAUAAGAAUUGGUGAUGCUGGCCUAAGGAGCUUCCUUGGUGGACCUUCAAGCUCAAAACUUAGAGAACUGAAUUUAACUCAUUGUGCUCAAAUAAGUGAUCUUUCCCUUGCAGAAAUGGGAGAAAGGUGUCGUAGUCUUACCUACUUGAAUUUACGUAGUUGUACACAGUUGACUGAUUGUGGGAUUGAGUUCAUUACCAAGCUUCCCAACUUGAUUUCAAUUGAUCUUUCUGUAACAGCCAUCACUGAUGAGGCUUUGACGUCAUUGUCCAAUCAUAAAAAGUUAAAAGAACUUAGUGUUUCUGAGUGUGAAUUCAUCACGGAUUCAGGAGUUAAGCAUUUCUGUCAGUCAACACCAAUUUUGGAACAUCUAGAUGUGUCUUUCUGCCUUAGGCUUUCUGGAGAAAUUUUGAAAGCACUAUCCACUAAGUGCCUUAGGCUGACAUCACUCAGCAUCGCUGGCUGUCCAAAGAUGAAUGACUUGGCCAUAAGGAUUUUGAGCAAAAAAUGCCAUUAUCUUCACAUCUUGGAUGUCUCUGGGUGUGUACACCUUACUGACAAAGCCAUUGAAUACCUUCUGCAAGGCUGCAAACAGCUUCGGAUCUUGAAGAUGCGGUACUGCAGGCGGAUUUCCAAGGUGGCAGAUUUCCGAAUUUCAUCUCAAGUUAAAUGCCGUGAAUACAGUAUGGAGGACCCUCCCUUUUGGUUUGGCUAUGAUCACAAAGGGAUCAUCUUCCGUGACAGAGUGAGAGUUAAUAAAGUCUCUAGUGGAAAGACAAGAAAAUCAUCAUCGGAGAGUUCAAAGGAUAUAGAAAACACAUUACAAAUUUCCUCCAAAAUCAAAGGAUGAACAUCAAGCAACCUAAAAGGUCUAUGAAUGACUUUUGUUUGCUUGGAGAAAAUACUCAUUGCAUCUCAUGUUAAGAAUCUUUCCAUAUAGAAGCAAUAAUAGUUUAGCUUCCAUUUCUUAUUCCAACUACAAUUUCCAUAA